GCUGCUGAGACGAGCUGACAGGGUGGACUUUGAAGAGCUGGAAGCUGACUGCACUCAGGAUGAGAGGCUGAUAAAAACACUUGAUUUAAGGACUUUUCUGUUUUGCUCUGUGGAGACAGAAACUCACUAUCAUGGAUCAGCAGGAAGACUCGAUGGACUUUAAGACUGUAAGAGCCAUGUUUGAGGAGAAGGAAUACCUCCUCAGGCAACACAAGGCCAGACCUGUUGUCCCGGACAAACCAAAGGCCAUAUCUACUCCUCAGAGUCCCUCUCACCUCCCCCCUCAGAGUCCCUCUCACCUGUCCCCUCAGAGCCCCUCUUACCUCCCUUCAGGUGCACGUCCCUCCCUGCUCACCUCCAUGACCCAGGCCUUGGAGGCGAAAGCAUUGAAUGCCCCCAGAGUGGUCUUCAAGGAUGAAAAGGAUGCAAAGAAGCCUCUCAUCCAGACUAAUGUGAAAGGUAAAGAAAAAUCUAAUGGGAAUGGGAAGGAAGGUAAAAGUAAGACAGGAAAAGAACGCAAUAAGCCUGAUGAAAAACAGGAAGACUCAUCGGAUCAAAAAGACAAGAAACUUCUGUCAUUUCUGACGAAGAAGGAGGAAACAGCAGAGUUGGUACCAGCACCCCCUCCACCUAAGGUACAGAAGAAGAAGGGUUUCCCUGUUUUUAGGAAAAGCACAAAACAUGAUUCUGCAAUAAUCAUUGACUCCCUGACCCUGGGAGAGUCUGGACCAGCACCCUUCAUCCCGGUGUCUUCUGAAACUGAUAACAUACCUGAAGAGUCUGUCUGCUCCGUACCAAAAUCCAACCCCUCAGCUGGUCUGACCCCACCCUCCCAUACCCCUACACCCCCUGACUUGUCCACACCUCCUGCUAUUCUUCUUGAAGUCCCCGUUCUAAAAGCCCCAGCCCGACAGAAACAACCCUCACCUGACACAGAAAACCCUGUUCUGCCUGAUUUCAAUACGAUCAGACAGAGUGAUGUGAUUCUCGGUCCACCAAGUUUUGUCCCAUCUCCUCCAACUGCUGCUGCCCCCAUACCUCCAACCAUUGCUGCCCCCACACCUCCAACCAUUGCUGCCCCCAUACCUCCAACCAUUGCUGCCCCCACACCUCCAACCGCUGCUGCCCCCACACCUCCAACCACUGCUGCCCCCACACCUCCAACUGCUGCUGCCCCCACACCUCCAACCAUUGCUACCCCCACACCUCCAACCAUUGCUGCUCCCACACCUCCAACCAUUGCUGCUCCAUCUCGUCCAAGCUUUGCUCCUCCAUCCCCUCCAAAACGGGUGGCUCCAGCUGGCUCCGCCUCUUCAAACAGCGCUCCUCCAUCUCAUCCAAAUGCUGCUCCUCAAACUCCACCAUCUGUUGCAGCUCCAGUUACCCCAAACCUUGUUGCCCCCAACCUCUCAGCCACAGCUGUCCUUGAUCCUGUACCCAGUGUCUCUCUCACUCCCCUACAGAAAGCUUCUCCCACCUCUCUGCUCUCUGACUCCCCAGCUCAGUCACCCAGUGUAAGCCCCAUUCCUCCGGCCAGGCUGACUGUGUCAGAGGCGUCUCCUCCUGACCUCCGGGUCUCAGGGGGGUAUCAUGCAGAGGACAGGCUUCUAACUCCAGACCUGGACUCAACAUCGAAACUGGAACGUUCCAUCUCUGCACUCACAGCCCUGGAAAGAGCAGAGGACAUGAGCACUGGAAAGAGAACCCCUCCAAGUGACCUGAGGAUUUUAAAUGCCUUGGAGAAGGCACGCAGGAAGGCUGCCAGCCCCUUGUUAAAUUCUAACCAUUACUCCAUUACCCCUCCACCUGAAGACCACCCAUUGAUGGAGAGGCCUAGCAGUCCCUUCCUGGAUCUUCCACCCAUUGAUUAUGAGGGAGAGAAGCCCUCCUCCCCGAAACCAGCAGCUGUUAAUGGGACAGACCACCGCUCUGCAAUCAGGGCCAGCUUGAAUCAGGAGGGGUCUGAUGCUGCAGCAGAGCUCCGACUACACCCCACUCCUCCACCCAGACAGGUCCAACCAGAAGCCCUGUCUCUGUACUCUUCUCCAGUAAAACCUGCGAGAGCUCCCUCUAUCUGCCUGAGUCAGCUUGAUUUUAUUCCUCCUCCUCCUCUUUUUGAAGAGUUUGCAGAAGAUGAAACUGCAGAUGUUCCAGAGUUGGAGGAUUUAGUUUCUGGUGCUAAUUCUCCAGAGGUGGUAGCAGAGUGGGAACACAGGAACAACAAAGGUGUUGAUGCUGCAGCUGGACUGAAGCCAUUAGAGGACAGAGUCUCUGACCCAGAGUAUGAAGACAACGUAGAAGAAAUUCCUCCUCCACAAACCUCCCUCCCAGCUGUUCAUCAAGCUGUCCAACCAACUGUCCAACCAGAUGUCCAACCAGUUGGCCAACCAGAUUCCCUCCCAGUGGCUAAAGACCCACCACCAGUGGACGAGCCUGAGGGGAACUCUACAGCUCUUGGGUGUGAGGACACAGAGAACAUGUACGAGGACAUCGCCACAUCUGUCAACAAGAAGAAGGGAAAGCGCAACAGUGACAAGAAACACAAAGCAGCCGUAAAAAAUCCAUAUGUGGACUCUUCACAGGCAGCAGUUCAGGAGAAAACAAAGACCGGCAGGUUCAGCAAAUCACGGGGCAGGAGGAAGUUUUGUACCAGGCAAAAGUGAUCGUAGCAACAAAGGGACGUAAGCACAACCUGCCCUGCAAGAGUGGAGACAUCGUGAACAUCAUCCGAACAGAUUUCUGCCCCAAAGGGAAGUGGCUGGCCCGGGACAGCAGCAACAACUAUGGGUACAUAGAUGUGCAACAUGUGGAACUGGACAUCAAGGAGAUGUUGGAGCUGGGGAAGAAAACUGCUCGCAACACUGCUGUCAUAGAUCUGAAGGAAGUCAACGCAGGCAGCAGGGCUUCCAACAUCUUCCAGACUGAAACCUACACAGAUGACAGUGAGGAGUGGACCUGUGAUGAAGAUGAAACCCACUCACCCGCUCCUGAUCCUGCAGAGCCGCUGAUUUCAGGGGCUCACAGCAAGACUCUGUCCAUGCCAGAUAUGG